AUGACCGAUCGUGGUACUCGGUUCUGCGAAACCAACAGAAGCAUGAAACUCUGCCUGGCACUAUGCAUCUUGGCAUCGAGUCUCGUCAUACAGGCCUUGUGGCAGCUCAGCGACAACGGAUCCGCGCCCGACGAAGACGCCCUCGCCUUCGACGACCAGCUGCCGUCCUCGGAAGAUCUCGAAGAGGGAUUCCUGGAGAAAUUCGGCCUCGCGUCCGUCCCUGAUGUCUCGAAGCUAAACACGACUCAGGCGGAAGUGUCCAAGGUGUAUCACGAGUAUUGGUCGUCCCCCGGCGAGAAGAUCCCCAUAGACGAGCCCCGUCUCUGGACCCUGGAGGCAUCUGAAGAAGCUAGAACGAAUUCGGGAGCCGAGGAGGAUGGCCUCAAGCUGACUUUCGAUCUGGAGGAGAAAGCGAAGACGGAGAAGAUGGAUUUGUCGAUCUGGUCGGCUCGUCUGGCGAGCCUGAAACUCAAGGUGGAAUCGGACGGAUGGAACCGAGGAUAUCUGAUCCUCUACGACCAGACGAACUCCACUGGGGAACAUCUGGAGACCAAGCAGGUCGAGGCCAACGCGGAGGGAUUGGACGUCACGGUCCCCGUGUCCCAACACCUGGUGAUGGGACGCGGGAGAAUCGUCUUCUACGUCCGAUGCCACGGCUGUCGGGUGUCGAGCCCGACCCUGGAGAUUCUUCUCGUCUCCGAGGAGCGAUCGAACUGGUGGAGAGGGAACGAGGUGGAGCUCUUGGACUGCCCGGCCGACGGACGGGAUUCCAAGUGCUGCCGGAACGGGAUGACUGUUUCCAUCAAGGACAUCCCCAGGAUGAACUUCGUCCUUCACCCCCUGGAGUUCGAGGCGUUUCGCUGCGAAGGCCACUGCCCUCACGAGCACCGAGCGGCCAGCAACCACGCCAUCCUUCAGAGUUUGGUCCGUCGACAGGACCAGAAGGCCGGUAGGCAUCCCGUCACCCCGGAACCGUGCUGCGCUCCGAAGACCCUCAAGGACCUGGACAUCAUCUACUUGGACGAUGGCAACACCAUCCGAAAAGGGACCUGGAAGGAGGUCAUCGUCCAGGACUGCGCCUGCUCCUGAAGCCCUUUUCUUCGUUUUCAUCGUCAUACGAGUCUCUCCACUUCGGGCCCGAACUCUAUUCGAUGUAACCUCAAUGUCUGAUGUCGGUCGACGUUUGCUGGGAGAAUGUAAAUCCCACACUCGACCGUAUCUGUUGUCGAAAGGAAAGACGAGACUCCAGCCCUCCCCCCCGCCGAGUCCUUUCCCCUUCCCACCUUGCACAAAACUCCCACUGCGGUGAAUCCCGGUCCCAGUCCCGAGCCGUCUUUCCUUUAUUUUCCCGAUCCGCUUUCGUGGAAAAGUAUUCCCAUUCCUUCUCGCUGUCGUGGAUUUCAGUCUAAUACCGCUUCUAUUCUCAAAGAGCUCACUGUUCACCAUUUCUACAAAACGUCUACUACCGAGAACUUGGUCGUUUCGUUCUCAUUCACACGGUGGAAAAAACUCGUAGACCGAACGACUCCGAUUCUCCUAAUUUCUCUCGGUAAUAGACGUUAGCGGCCUGAACGACUCGGGUUCUGUUCCCGCGGGAAUACCAUAAUUCUGGCGGGAGAGGAAGUCCCAAGUCUGCCUCUGGCAUCAGAGUUCCAAUUCUUGGUGGCCUUGUUCCAAGAUUUCUCGUUUAUCUCUACGUGGAUCCCACAUGGUCCCACUAUUGAUGUGAUAUGACUUAACAUGUCCACUUCUGUGCUGUUUCCAUUCGCGGGCACCGAACGGCGAUCGUGGCGAUAUGAGAACGGAUUCAUUUUCAGGCAUGGAG